AUGGGUAUCGAUAUAAAUCAUAAAUAUGAUCGCAAAGUUCGGCGUAAAGCGCCAAAGAGUGAGGAUCCAUACAUUCGAGUUUUAGUUAAGUUAUAUAAAUAUCUGGCUCGUCGAACUGGUGAAAAAUUCAACAGAAUUAUUAAUAAAAGAUUAAUGAUGGCGCGUCGCCAUCGUCCACCUAUGUCACUUGCUCGUUUGAUACGUUACAUGAAAAGAGGUGAUAAUAUAAAGAAAAUAGCGGUGGUAGUUGGGACGAUUACAGAUGAUAAUCGCAUUUUCGAAAUACCCAAACUUACGGUUGCUGCAUUGCAUGUGACUAAAGGAGCACGUGCUCGAAUAAUUAAAGCAGGUGGUGAGAUAAUUACGCUGGAUCAACUCGCUUUGCGCGCACCACGUGGAGAAAAUACUUUCUUAUUGCAAGGACCACGGAAACAUCGAUUAGCUGAAAGGCAUUUCGGUCCAGCACCAGGUGUACCGCACAGUCAUACUAAACCACUUGUUCGUUCUAAGGGACGCAAAUUUGAACGCGCUCGCGGACGUAGAAAGUCGCGUGGCUACAAAAAUUGA